AUGUAUGCUGCUGUACUGGGAAUCGACGAUUCUAAGAUAUUCCCCGGUGGUAACCAAUACGAUCGAUUCUCAAAGAUUUUAAAGCGCGUCAUGCAGGAAGACGAGAUGAAGGUAUUGCUUGAAAAUGAAGGAUUGGUACCUUCAGAUAUUGGAACACAUUCCGCGCGAAAACGUUCAGCGACCUUUGUUUCUUCGUGCUCAAAUGGGGGUCCCUCUGCUGCGGCUAUAUGUAUCAGAGCUGGUUGGAAGCUACCCGGUGUGCAGGACACCUACAUUCGUUGCGAUCGCAUUGUUGGACGUUAUGUGACUGGCUUACCGCUUGAUGAUACUGGUUUUGCUAUAUUACCGCCAUUUUUC